AUGUUUGUCGGUGAACCAUUAGAUCGUAAACUUCUUUCUCAUUGGUUACAAAUACGACUCUUAACAAUUUCUCAAGUAACAAAUAUGAUUUUGACUUCUGAAGCAGUCACCGUCUGGCAACUUUACAGCCAUUGUAGCUCUGCUUUUGUACAAAUUUUUUCGAAACAUGCCAAUGCUAGAGGACGACAACUCAAUCAUUGCUUAACUGAUUUUUUAAUCGAAAUGGAUAAUAAAGGACGUGUUCAAAUGAAAAAUGCUGUGACUGGCAAAUUAGUUUGCUUCAAUAAACGGGGACGAAUUUCAAUUCGAAAUAAUACAGCAGACGAGAAAUGUCUCUUUCACGAACGACUAACUGCUUCUGGAUAUACAAUGCUUGAAUCAGCUUGGAAACAAAAUUUCUUUCUUGGCUUUAAUAGAUGCAUGUCCAUUCGGUAG